GAGAGCUGCCGGGCCGAGCAGCGCCGCCGCCGUCGGGCGCGCAGCUCUGCAGCGCCGCGAACGCCUCGGCGCCCGCAGCCCCAGGAGCCCCGCGUCCCCGCAUUGUCCGCGGCCCCGUCGCGGAGAUCCGGGACGAGCGUCGCGGAUGGCUGUGUUCCAGAUAUUAACAUUCUCAGAAGCCUGACAUCCGCACGGUUUUCGGCACAUCCUCAGACACUCACAGGAGACGAUGAUGGCCUCCGCGAGGGGCAGGUGCUGACCCUUUCCCCAGUCCCUGCCGCUGUUCAUCCUGACGCCAUUUCCCAUCUCAGUAUCUAAAUGCCACAGUGCUCUUGGGGCAAGUUGGGCUGGGAACCACUGUUGCCUUGUAAGACCAUAAAACCAUGGGAAACGCAGAAAGUCAAAAUGUAGAGCAUGAGUUUUAUGGAGAAAAGCAUGCCAGCCUGGGCCGGAAGCACACGUCCCGCUCACUGCGCCUGUCGCACAAGGCUCGGCGGACGAGGCACGCGUCCUCGGGGAAGGUGAUCCAUAGGAACUCCGAAGUGAGCACACGAUCCAGCAGCACACCCAGCAUCCCGCAGUCCCUGGCCGAGAAUGGCCUGGAGCCCUUCUCCCAGGAGGGCACCCUAGAGGACUUCGGCAGCCCCAUUUGGGUGGACCGAGUGGAUAUGGGCUUGAGACCCGUGUCGUACACCGAUUCUUCCGUCACUCCCAGCGUGGACAGCAGCAUCGUCCUCACAGCCGCCUCUGUGCAGAGCAUGCCAGACUCGGAGGAGACCCGGCUCUACGGGGAUGACGCUACGUAUUUGGCUGACGGAGGCAGGCGGCAGCAUCCCUACACAUCCAACGGGCCCACUUUCAUGGAGACGGCGAGCUUUAAGAAGAAACGCUCCAAAUCUGCAGACAUCUGGCGGGAGGACAGCCUGGAAUUCUCACUCUCUGAUCUGAGCCAAGAACAUUUAACAAGCAACGAAGAGAUCUUGGGUUCCACCGAAGAGAAAGACUGCGAGGAGGUUCGGGGCAUGGAACCCCGGGCGAGCCCCCGGCAGCUCAGCAGCUGUCAGCGUGCCAAUUCCCUGGGUGACUUGUAUGCUCAGAAAAACUCCGGGGUGACGGCAAACGGGGGGCCCAGGAGCAAAUUCGCAGGCUACUGUCGGAAUCUGGUGUCUGAUAUUCCUGAUCUUGCAAACCAUAAGAUGCCACCAGCUGCUGCCGAAGAGUCUCUUCCCUACAGUAAUUACAACACACUCCCCUGUAGGAAGUCUCACUGUCUUUCUGAAGGUGCCACCAACCCACAGAUUAGCCAUAGCAACAGCAUGCAAGGCAGAAGAGCAAAAACAACUCAGGAUGUUAACGCCGGCGAGGGCAGUGAGUUCGCGGACAGUGGGAUCGAAGGGGCCACCACCGACACGGACCUCCUGUCCAGGCGAUCCAAUGCCACCAACUCCAGCUACUCGCCCCCCACCGGCCGCGCCUUUGUGGGCAGCGACAGCGGCAGCAGCUCCACCGGGGAUGCGGCCCGCCAGGGGGUGUACGAGAAUUUCCGCCGGGAGCUGGAGAUGAGCACCACCAACAGCGAGAGCCUGGAGGAGGCGGGCUCGGCGCACAGCGACGAGCAGAGCAGCGGCACCCUGAGCUCGCCGGGCCAGUCGGACAUCCUGCUCACGGCCGCGCAGGGCACGGUGCGCAAGGCCGGGGCGCUGGCCGUCAAGAACUUCCUGGUGCACAAGAAGAACAAGAAGGUGGAGUCGGCCACCCGGCGGAAGUGGAAGCACUACUGGGUGUCCUUGAAAGGGUGCACACUCUUUUUCUACGAGAGCGACGGCAGGUCUGGAAUAGACCACAACAGCAUCCCCAAGCACGCUGUCUGGGUGGAGAACAGCAUUGUCCAGGCUGUGCCCGAGCACCCCAAAAAGGACUUCGUCUUCUGCCUCAGCAAUUCCCUGGGUGACGCUUUCCUCUUUCAGACCACCAGCCAGACGGAGCUGGAGAACUGGAUCACCGCCAUCCACUCUGCCUGCGCGGCGGCCGUCGCAAGGCACCACCACAAGGAAGACACGCUCCGGCUUCUCAAGUCUGAAAUCAAAAAACUGGAACAGAAGAUUGAUAUGGAUGAAAAGAUGAAGAAAAUGGGCGAGAUGCAGCUGUCUUCAGUCACUGAUUCAAAGAAGAAGAAAACUAUAUUGGACCAGAUCUUUGUUUGGGAGCAAAACCUUGAACAGUUCCAAAUGGACCUAUUUCGUUACCGCUGUUACUUAGCUAGCCUCCAAGGCGGGGAGCUGCCAAACCCCAAAAGGCUACUUGCUUUUGCAAGCCGACCAACGAAAGUGGCGAUGGGCCGUCUUGGGAUCUUUUCUGUAUCGUCCUUUCAUACCCUGGUGGCAGCUCGCACUGGGGAAACGGGAGUGAGACGUCGUACUCAGGCCAUGUCCAGAUCCGCCAGCAAGCGGAGGAGCAGGUUUUCUUCCCUUUGGGGUCUGGACACUACCUCCAAAAAGAAGCAGGGACGCCCCAGCAUCAAUCAGGUGUUUGGUGAAGGAACGGAUGCUGUAAAGAAAUCUUUAGAGGGAAUAUUUGAUGACACUGUUCCAGAUGGCAAGAGGGAAAAAGAAAUGGUGUUGCCCAGCGUCCAUCAGCACAAUCCCGACUGCGACAUUUGGGUCCAUGAGUAUUUCACUCCGUCCUGGUUCUGUCUGCCAAAUAACCAGCCAGCCCUGACCGUCGUCCGGCCCGGGGACACUGCCCGGGACACCCUGGAGCUGAUCUGCAAGACACAUCACCUGGAUUAUUCCGCUCAUUACCUGCGUCUGAAAUUCCUAAUAGAAAACAAAAUGCAACACUACGUUCCAAAGCCCGAGGAGGACAUUUAUGAGCUGCUGUACAAAGAAAUUGAAAUUUGCCCAAAAGUCACUCGGAACAUCCAGAUUGAGAAGUCAGAUACAGCCAGUGAUAAUUAUGGGUUUUCACUUUCCUCUGUGGAAGAAGAUGGUGUUCGAAGGCUGUACGUGAAUAGUGUAAAGGAAACCGGUUUAGCGUCCAAGAAGGGCCUGAAAGCGGGAGAUGAGAUUCUCGAGAUCAGUAAUCGUGCUGCAGGCACCCUGAACUCCUCUGUGCUCAAAGAUUUCCUCGCGCAGCCGUCCCUGGGCCUCCUGGUGAGGACCUGCCCUGAGCCCGAGGGAGGCGUGCAGCUGCUGGACUGCCCGCCUCACCGAGCCGACGGCCCCCUGGACACCAGCGAGAGCCCCCUGGCCUUCCUCAGCAGCAACCCAGGACACGGGCUCUGCAGCGAGCAGGGCAGUAGCGCCGAGACCGCUCCGGAGGAGACCGAGGGGCCGGACUUGGAAUCCUCAGAUGAAACUGAUCACAGCAGCAAGAGCACGGAACAGGUGGCCGCGUUCUGCCGCAGUCUGCAUGAGAUGAACCCCUCUGACCCCAGCCCAUCUCCCCAGGACGCCACCGGGCCUCAGCUGGCCACCAUGAGGCAGCUCACGGACGCCGACAAGCUGCGCAAGGUGAUCUGCGAGCUCCUGGAGACGGAGCGCACCUACGUGAAAGACUUAAACUGUCUCAUGGAGAGAUACCUAAAACCUCUUCAAAAAGAAACUUUCCUCACCCAAGAUGAGCUUGAUGUGCUCUUUGGAAAUCUAACCGAAAUGGUGGAGUUUCAAGUAGAAUUUCUGAAAACUCUAGAAGAUGGAGUGAGACUGGUACCCGAUUUGGAAAAGCUUGAGAAAGUCGAUCAGUUCAAGAAAGUGCUGUUCUCUCUGGGGGGAUCCUUUCUGUAUUACGCUGACCGCUUCAAGCUCUAUAGUGCCUUCUGCGCCAGCCACACGAAGGUCCCCAAGGUGCUGGUGAAAGCCAAGACGGACCCGGCUUUCAAGGCUUUCUUAGAUGCCCAGAACCCGAAACAGCAGCACUCGGCCACCCUCGAGUCUUACCUCAUCAAGCCCAUCCAGAGGAUCCUCAAGUACCCGCUUCUGCUGAAGGAGCUCUUCGCCCUGACGGACGCGGAGAGCGAGGAGCACUACCAUCUGGACGUGGCCAUCAAGACCAUGAACAAGGUUGCAAGUCAUAUCAAUGAAAUGCAGAAAAUUCAUGAAGAAUUUGGGGCUGUGUUCGACCAGCUCAUUGCAGAGCAGACUGGUGAGAAGAAAGAGGUUGCAGACCUGAGCAUGGGGGACCUGCUUUUGCACACCACAGUGAUAUGGCCAAACCCGCCAGCCUCCCUGGGAAAGUGGAAAAAGGAGCCAGAAUUGGCAGCCUUUGGCUGUUCCCAAUGGGCCGCGGGCCCCAGUCUGCCAACCAGUGUCUUCAAAACUGCUGUGGUCCUUGUAUAUAAAGAUGGCUCCAAACAGAAGAAGAAACUUGUAGGAUCUCACAGGCUUUCAAUUUAUGAGGACUGGGACCCCUUCCGAUUUCGGCACAUGAUCCCCACCGAAGCUCUGCAGGUUCGAGCUUUGGCGAGCGCAGAUGCAGAAGCAAACGCUGUGUGUGAAAUUGUCCAUGUAAAAUCUGAAUCUGAAGGCAGGCCGGAGAGGGUCUUCCAUCUCUGCUGCAGCUCUCCAGAGAGCCGGAAAGACUUCCUGAAGGCUGUGCAUUCAAUCCUGCGCGAUAAGCACAGAAGACAGCUCCUCAAAACCGAAAGCCUUCCCUCAUCGCAGCAAUACGUCCCUUUCGGAGGAAAAAGAUUGUGUGCGCUCAAAGGGGCCAGGCCGGCCAUGAGCCGGGCAGUGUCUGCCCCAAGCAAGUCUCUUGGGAGAAGGAGGCGGCGACUGGCUCGAAACAGGUUUACCAUUGACUCUGACGCCAUCUCGGCCAGCAGCCCGGAGAAAGAGUCCCAGCAGCCCCCCGGUGGCGGGGACACUGACCGGUGGGUCGAGGAACAGUUUGAUCUUGCUCAGUACGAGGAGCAGGAUGACAUCAAGGAGACAGACAUCCUCAGUGACGAUGACGAGUUCUGCGAGUCCGUGAAGGGCACCGCAGUGGACACAGACCUCCGGGAGCAGCUUCAGGCUGCUUCCAUCAGUCAGCGGGAGAGAGGCCGGAGAGCCCUGGAUAGUCACGCGUCCCGCAUGACGCAGCUCAAGAAGCAAGCCGCCCUCUCGGGCAUCAAUGGAGGCCUGGAGAGCCCGGGCGAGGAAGUCAUUUGGGUUAGGCGCGAAGACUUUGCCCCAUCCAAGAAACUGAACACUGAGAUCUGACUGUCCCUUUCCCCCUAGAGAGUGUGUGUAGAUACCGCCCCCUCUCCCCGCCCCGCCUCCACUCUGCCCCCCAUCCUGUCCCCGCGAGGAGGAGAAUGUUCCCUUAGGUCGCACUCUUGCACACAUGGCCUUGGCGGCUGACUCUUGUUCCGAAGCCACGUAGCCACCCAACGUCGUCAUGUCUAGGGACAUCAGAAAGAAUUGCUCAGAAUCCCCAAAUAAGCUUGAGUCCUAUCUUCUGUAUAUUACUAAGGGCUUUUAUUUAUUCUCAACUAAUCAGGGCCAGAAGAAUUAAAAAAUUAAAAAAAAAAAAAAAGAUUCUACAGCACUGGAAAUCAAAUGACCCCCCUCCAGGAGUUUAAAGUAUGUACACAGAUUAGUCGAAGAGAUAGCACACAAAAAUAAAAUAAAUAAAAUUUAAAAAAACGAAUAAUAAUAAAAGUCACUCUAUCUGAAAUCAGACCAGGAGCCAUCUCUUAGUUGGGGAAACCACCUUCAAACACAAAAACGCCACAGAGCAACUGUACAGCUUCACAGUGUUCUUACUCCUUUUCCCUCUUCGAUGUCUGAGAAUAUCUGUGUAUUUUAAGAAUGUGUGAGGAGACGGUGGAGAUGUAUGUUUUGAUGAGCUGUUGUUUUUUCUUUCUUCUUUUUUUAUUUCUCUCUUCUGUUUUGAUCUAUGGCUGGUCUGACUCGAUGUCCAUGUUGGAAGUUCUAGUUUUGCAUAGAGUUGUAAAGACGCCAAACUCUUUGAGAAGAGAUCCAAAUUUAUCACUUGAAAAAAAAAAAACACUAUUUUUUGUAUUUUACCUGAGGUGCAGAGGCACAAACAGAUGAGAAUUUUACAGUGUUAGUGUAACUGAGUCUUUAAAAAAAAAAUGAGGAUUUUACCUUUUACAGAGAGAAUGAGGCAUGGUGAUUUAUAUUUAUAUACGAAAGGCCAACGAGAUGCUUAGGAGAAAUUUUUUUUUCCAAGAAGAAUAUUUCUUUUUUUUUUUUUCUUUCUUCUUCUUUUUUUUUUUUUUUUUUAAUGUUUGAAUCUCUAUCUGAAAUGGGAGCUUGGCUGGGUUAAACAUGACACCCGGAUGGGCGUGUGUGUGUCUGUUGCACAUGGCGGGGGAGGGGAGACUCCUUCUCAAGGGGUUGCCAUGGUGAUCAUUGGUUUUCCCAUUAAAGUUGCAUCUUCAUCCAUAGAUUACCUAUCCCUUCCCUGACAGUCCAUACCAAACCUCUUAACAAAACAGCCUCUUCAGAACCUUCCUUUGUCUUUCCUACUUUCUACAUGCCAACGAAACAGGGUAAACAUGCUAAAAAUCUCACAUUCUAAACAGAUUUCCAAAUAGGAAGAACAAAAACAAGUUAAAGCACUUUCGAUUUUUUUUUUUUUUGAACGGUUUAUAGCUUUUUUUUUUUUUUUCUUCCCAUUUCACAAUGUCCACUUCCUAAGAAGGGUUUAAAUAAUAUGAAAACUUUCUUUUUGGGGAAAAUAUCUAUUUGGUGUUUGACACAUCAGUAGGUACUUUAAAGACCUGAAUUUUAUAGUAGCUUUAGGAAUUAUAUUUUAUAAAAAUCAGUUAUGACUUUAUAUUUCCAGACAAUAGAGAGUUCAGAACAUCACGCUUCUAUGCCCCUGCUUGCUUUACCCGCUCUCCUACCUGAUAUCCCUCCCCUUUUUGGGUUUCCAGGGCUUUGAGCUUGAUCUUUUGAAAGUUUUAUUCUAUUAAAUUUUUGCUAUAUCUUCUGAUUUUCUUAAAAAGCUUUAGAAUGAUUUCUAUACCCUUUGUACCAUGCAUUGUUCCAUACCUCCAGUUCGAUGGUGUCCGGAUGGAAAACUGAAGCGAAGACUUCUGAUAAGUCACACUUAACUAAUCCCAGUGCAACACUUCCGUCUGAAAAAUGCUGGAAAGUCUGGUGCUUGGAGAGGGUGCCAUUGUCUCUUGUACAUAAGGUCACGACGUGUCUAUGUCAAAAGUUCUUAUAUAUUUCUUUUAUAAGCUGAAAGAAGGUCUAUUUUUAUGUUUUUAGGUCUACGAAUGGAACGUUGUAAAUGCCUGUCAAACAAUAAAAAUACUGAAAAGUA